AUGGAUCCAUUGAAGCCGUUAAAACAAGAAGCUGGAGCUCCUACGAGUGAUCCAUCAAAGUACAGAAGGCAAAUUGGGAGGCUUCGAUAUCUAUGCAUUACAAGGCCUGAUAUAACCUUUGAUGUACACAAACUUAGUCAGUAUGUAUCAAAGCCUUGCAAUGAACACUGGGAGGCAAGUGAGGAAAUUCUAAGGUACUUGAAGGAAACUCCUGGACAUGGAUUAUUUUACUCCAAUGAGACCGAUCAUACUCUUAGCAUCUUCUCAGGUGCGGAUUGGGCAGCUUGCCCUGAUACAAGAAAGUCCAUGACAGGUUAUUGUCUCUUUCUUGGUUCUUCUCUGAUUUCAUGGAAAGCUGAGAAGCAAAAUACCAUCUCAAGGUCUUCAGCUGAAUUAGAAUACUGA